GGGAAGCCCGGGAGAGUGACGAGCUAGGCGGCUAGGCACUUUUGGACUUAGGUUUUUGUAGCUAAGCCGUUAGUCACCCAUGCUUGACAUAGAAAAUUUUGUGUACAGGAUUUAGUGUUAGUCAUGAUUGUGUAUAUAAAGUGAUAAUUUUGUACAUUCACUGGUAACUAUUUGGUAAAGUAAAAAGGCUUAGAUUUGAAUUACCUGAAUUGCUAAGUAAGAACUCAAUAGGUCUCGAGCCUUGUGCAUUUGUGGGCCCCGCUCACGAGUGCACGGCGUUUGUUUCGCUCUCGCAUGCCUACUUGAGAUUUAAUUGAUUGUCCUGAUGAUUUGAAAGUGAUUGGUGAAUUAUGUUCUUCAGUUAAAUUCAGCCUGUUUUGUCUCCGAUAUGGUCAUGUUAUCCUGUUGCCCGCUAGUGGGAGUGUUAAACGCUAGCACAUGUCGACAUGUAUUUCUGUAGAACUGGUUCGUUUAUGUUAUCCUGCUAGUGGAAGUUAAACACUAGCAACUCCUGUUGCCUGCCAGUGGGAGUGUUAAACACUGGCCGUGAUCUAUGGAGGAGACGUCUAUUUCGUUCCGUAGUGAGACCCAACGCAUGGGGAGCCCGGGGGAGUGACGAGCUAGAUGGCUAGGCACUUUUGGACUUAGAUGGCUCCAAAACGGCGUGGACGCCCCCCAAAGGGUAGCCAUAAGGAUCAGGGCACUCCUCCGAUCCCAGCUGCCAGUCCCUCUACUCAAGCUGCUCCGCAGGAGGGAGGGACGAGCAAUCCCCAAGUGUCCGCCUUUGUUCAGGAACUUAUGGCAGAGAUAAGACGCCAAGUAUCUUCUGCCACAAGUGUACCACCUCCAUCCCUGGUGGUCUCUACUCCUGUGGCCCCUGCUCCGGUUUCCCCUGUUCCUAUCUCUUCUGCUCCUGCUGUGCCUAGUUGGAAGAUUUAUUCCGAAUUCCAGAAGUUGAUGAUGAACAAGGGAUUCGAUGGUACUGCAGGUUUUGAGCAGGUGGAAUCAUGGAUUACCGAGGUGGAGCGGGGAUUCUACCUGCUGCAUGUUUCCGAUGACCUUAAGUACAAGGAGGAGUUUGACCGCUAUCUGCCUUUUGUGGGUAGCCAAGUCGGCGAUGAGCAAGCCAAGGCCGACAAAUUUCUAUGGGGCUUAAAUUCUGACAUUUAUUUGGCGGUAAACCAAUUUAAACCCGCCACUUAUCGAGAGAUUGCGGACAGAGCCAUAGAUCAGGAGAAGGCUAUGGCUAGAGUCAAGUCCUCAGGGCAACCUAGUGGUGGGCCAUCCCUUGGGAAGAGGAAAUUCAAUGGGAGCCGUAGGCCCUUUGUCCCUGCACCGCCUAGGCUUGCUAUCAGCAAGGGCUCUAAAGGGCUCGGAGUUACCAAGACUGAGGGCCAGGCAUCCACGGCCCAAUGUGCUCGCCCUACUCCACCUACUUGCCGACAUCUGAUUGCAAAUUGUCCGCUGCUAGACCCCAGAACUCAAAGUACCCAAUCUACAUCUCAACAGGGGUCUACCAAUCAAGGGGCACCGAAACAGAAUGUUGGGGUUAGGACAAGAGCCCAGCAGGCAAGAGUUCACGUGAUGACCCAUCAGGAAGCUGCGGCUACCGACGUAAUCACGGGUACCUUGCCUGUUAACUCUGAUUUUGCAUAUGUUUUAUUUGAUUCGAGUGCAUCCCACUCCUUUAUUGCUCGCUCUUAUGUUUUGAAACAAGCUUUGCCUGUUGAUACCUCUGAUUUUGAAUUGCAUGUGGACACCCCUUUAAGAGGGGUGAUGACUACUAGAGAUGUGUGUAAGACUGUGAAUAUUUAUAUUGAUGGUAGACAGUUGGGUGCUAGCCUAUUUGUUUUAGAUAUCUCCGAUUUUGAUAUCAUUUUGGGGAUGGAUUGGUUGUCAAAACAUUUUGCCUUUAUAGACUGCCAUCGGAAAUGGGCUCGGAAAUAUCUUGUAAAUGGUUGCCAGGGUUUCCUAGUCUCUGUUACUGAUGCUAGUAGUGUGACAUCGAGACUAGAAGACAUACCGGUGGUGCGUGAGUUUCCGGAUGUAUUUCUGGAGGAUCUCCCAGGUUUACCUCCGGAUAGAGAGGUUGAAUUUGCUAUUGACCUUGUUCCUGGCACCGGACCCGUUUCCAAAGCACCAUACCGUAUGACUCCUGCAGAAUUGAAGGAGUUAAAGGUCCAACUGGAGGAACUCCUUGAGAAAGGGUUUAUACGCUCUAGUGUAUCACCUUGGGGAGCUCCAGUGUUGUUUGUCAAGAAGAAGGAUGGGAGCAUGAGGCUAUGCAUUGAUUACCGGGAAUUGAAUAAGGUGACUGUGAAGAACUGGUAUCCCCUUCCUAGAAUUGACGACUUGUUUGACCAGCUCAAGGGUGCUCAGGUAUUUUCUAAGAUUGAUCUUCGAUCUGGCUACCACCAGGUGAAGAUUAAACCGGAUGAUGUGCCAAAGACUGCCUUUCGCACCCGUUAUGGUCAUUAUGAGUUCAUAGUCAUGCCAUUUGGCUUCACAAAUGCCCCUGCCAGAUUUAUGGAUUUGAUGAAUCGGGUGUUUAGCAAGUACCUAGACCAGUUUGUGGUUGUCUUUAUUGACGACAUUUUGGUCUACUCUUCUAGCCAUGCUCUUCAUGAGAAGCACUUGAGGAUAGUCCUCGAGAUGUUGAGAAGGAAGAGAAUUGCCCAGCCAAUGACUCGUUUGAUCAGGAAGGAUGCCAAGUUUGAGUGGACUCUAGAAUGUGAGGAGAGCUUUUUGACCUUGAAGGAGAAGUUGGUCACCGCUCUUGUACUUGCACUUCCAAUCCAUGGGGAAGGAUUCACCAUAUAUAGUGAUGCCUCUAAAAAGGGUUUGGGAUGUGUCUUGAUGCAGAAGGAUAGGGUUAUUGCGUAUGCCUCACGGCAGUUAAAGUCUUAUGAAGAAAAUUACCUUACCCAUGAUCUGGAGUUGGCAGCCGUGAUAUUUGCACUCAAGAUCUGGAGGCAUUAUCUAUAUGGUGAGACUUGUGAAAUCUUCACCGAUCACAAGAGCCUUAAGUAUAUUUUCACUCAAAAUGAGCUUAAUAUGAGGCAGAGGCGAUGGCUUGAACUUUUAAAGGACUACGACUUGACCAUUAGCUACCAUCCGGGCAAGGCUAACAAGGUAGCAGAUGCGUUGAGUAGGAAGUCCUCUGGCACUGCCUCUAGCAUUCUUGCCAUUCAGAAGGAGUUACUUGAGGAUCUUGUGAAACUUGAUGUGGAGAUGAGAAUGGACAGCACUACGGCUUAUUUAGCCGCUCUUAGUGCACAACCGGCAUUAAUAGAUAGAAUUAAACUUGCCCAACAAAAAGAUUCCUUCUUGCAGAAGAUGAAGGAAAAAGUAAGAGCCGGGGAACCCCACAUGCAAGAAUUCAGGAUUUCUGAUGAUGAGAUUCUGUGGUUUGGUGACAGGCUGUGUGUACCAAGAGAUCAUGCUUUAAGGCGUGAGAUUAUGGGAGAUGCCCAUUAUACUAGCUAUACAAUUCGCCCAGAAAGUCAAGGCCGAACACCAGAGACUUCCUGGGAAACUACAGCCUUUACCUAUUCCCCAGUGGAAGUGGGAAAACAUCACUAUGGACUUUCUCAUUUCUUACCCUACCGGACUGGCACCUCCAUUGAAAAGCUUGCCAAUAUGUACAUGGAGGAGGUAGUCAAACUGCAUGGAGUCCCUGUGUCUAUUGUGUUAGAUAGAGAUACUAGAUUUUUGUCUCAUUUCUGGACUAGCUUGCAGCAGGCACUUGGUACUCAAUUAAGUUUCAGCACGGCCUUUCAUCCUCAAACUGAUGGGCAAUCUGAGAGAACUAUUCAGAUACUUGAGGACAUGUUGAGGGCUUGUGUUCUAGAUUGGAAGGGUUCGUGGGAUCAACACUUAUCCAUGGCUGAAUUUGCAUAUAAUAAUAGUUAUCAGUCCAGCAUCCACAUGGCACCGUUUGAGGCUUUGUAUGGUCGAAGGUGUAGGUCACCUGUUUGUUGGACGGAAGUGGGCGAAAGGAGCAUUUUAGGCCCAGAAUUGGUGCAGCAAUCUUCCGAGAUUGUGCAGUUGAUCAAGGAACGCCUUCGUACUGCACAAAGCAGGCAGAAAAGCUAUGCGGAUAGAAGGAGACGAGACCUUGAGUUUGAAGUUGGUGACCAGGUAUUUUUGAAGGUGUCACCCACUCGAGGUGUUCUCAGGUUUGGCAUCCGGGGAAAAUUGAGUCCGAGUCACGUGUUCUGCUUAUCUUCUUCUUCUUCCCGACUCUGCCUCCCGAAAGCCUCCCCCAUAGCCACCGACGCACUCUUCUUGAGAAAAACUGAAUUUUCGGAUCUGCUCUGCUCUGCUCUGUCCUUCCGCGAGCUGCUCUUGCCGGUGGAGUGCUUCUCGGUUUUUCUGCCCCUCUCACCGCCAGAACCGGCUUUGCUGCUGGGAAAAUUCUGGUAUGUUGACAGCCCCAUUAAGUCCGAAAUUACCCAUUUAAUUGCUGGGUUUUGUCCAUUUAGUUGAUGCUCUGUGUUGUCCGAAAUCUGCUGGAAAAUGGGGAUGAACUCCAGUAGCAAUUAGAGCAUAAUUAAGCUUGAUUAAGGUAGAAUUAGCUUGAUUAAUUGCUGUGAUGUUUUGGAGAGAAAAAUCCUGUGUGUGUGAGUUGUGGUUUGCCAAAGCCAUGCUCUCCAUGUGCUGCCCGUGAGUAAAUGGGAAAAUUUUAUGUGUAUUAUGCAAAUAUAUAUAUAAAUGCACAAUUGAUUU